UGUGUUCAAACAUGGACAAAACAGAGGGCAAUUCGCUAUCAAGCCUCGAUCAUUUCAGGUACUAGUAAUCGUUAACUCUCUUUUAGUUCGAUAACAUUUUGUUCUUGUUGAUUUCGCGCGAAAUAAGCAGCAAAUAGAUCAUCUGAAAGAGGCGAGGGGAUCCAAACACAGCUUGUGUACAUGUCCACAUUGAAAUGAACGAAAGCUGUUGUGUCUUCAUUGUGAACUUGUUUUAGAUGUGAUUUUUUUCUUCGUCCAGGCCAGCUACGCUUGAGAUCAUUUCGCGGGUUUGACGAAAGAAAAAGGCUGGCUUGUCAGACGGACUUGUAGGGAUUUAUUUCCCCUUCAAAAUCAGAAAAUGUUUUAUUCAGUUCAAGUUGCGUUGAUUGCACUGCAUUUUCCAAUCCAUUUCGCAUAUGUAAGUCUACUUUAUUUAUAAUAUCCGGUUUUUUCUGCAAAAAGAGGACAACUGGAUCAAUUCCGCUGUUUCGUUUCUCUCUAUUUGUUUAAUUCAAAGGAUUUCAGAAGCAUCUUAAAACGACAAUUACCUGACGACAUGUGAAGAUGGUUUUUAAGAUAUAACAUGACACUGAACGUGACAACAACGUGUUUGUUCACACAUGAGAAUUUACAUGUAACAAAACUGAACUUGAAUUUAUUCCAGUUUCAAUAUUGCCCCAUGUGGAGGGGCCUCGAAGCGAUUUAAUAUGUCGGGAUUUUAUACUUGAACUUAUUUUCUACAAGACGUAUGCAUUAAUUUGUAGGACAGAUAGGAGGCAGAGUUUUCUGACUUAUUAACCAAUGUCACUUUUUGUGUUACCGUUUUGGACAAUAGCAGUUUAUUGGCGGUAUAAUACUACAACUAGAUUGCAUUAAUAUAUUCAAAGUAAGUGGAAGAACCUCUAUUUAAAACCCUGAAAGAUUUAGGGAAUUUACUGCAGUAAGGCUCUUGACGUCGGGUGGCACGCGAAACACGCGAGAUGCAAGCGCUCACCCCACGAAACGCGAGUUUAACGAAAGCAAAAAUCUUAUUUGCUCGAUAAGCGCUCAAUCAGAAGAAUGCGGCGGUUUUUAAAGGAUUUAAAGGAAAAAACUAAUAAGUACUGCACAUUUCUGUAAUAUGUCACAAGGCAGACAGUUACGGUAUUUCUAUAUCAGCAAAAAAGCGAGGCUGAUAUAUACCUCACUAUCGUUUAAGAAAGAUAAUUGUAAGAGACUUCUCGCAGCCUACUUAACUAAAAGUUGUACACAAAUUGAAACAUCAAUGAUACUCGGAAAUGAAAUUUUAGUUGCAGUAUUUUUGUAAUAUAUUGUUGUGUACUUCAUUUAAUUAAAUUUGCAUACGAAAGAGAUUGCAGCAAAAAAGGUUGCUGAAAUGAACUACACUCUCACACAUCUUUUUUUUCCCUUUUAUUACGAAUUUUUUCUUAAACACUAGCUACGAUCGGUUAAAUGGAUACUUUGAAAUAGGGAAAAAAAAAGAAAAAAAUGAUGAUCAAGAUAGCGAAUGGUUCAUCUUCACACCUCCUUGUAGGGCAAAUAGACCCCGGUAGAGUGGACAAGUUUUCAUAAGUUGAUGAAUGAGUGAAUAAAUAAAUAAAUAAAUAAAUAAAUACACAGUCGAACCUCCACUAACAGUCACCUCUCCACUUCUGCUAGCCUGCGUAGCCAGCGUUUCCAUUCUGGUUAUUGCGCGAAAGUUAGAGCGGGAGCGAAAAAAAAAAAAAGGUCAUUCCCAUCAUUCCUUUUUUUUUGCUCUCGUUCCAACUUUCUCGACGAAGUCGCGCGAAAACGCUUGCUGCGCAGGUUAACCUUCUGUCCCCAAGCUGGCCAUUGUGGAGAGGGCAAGACAAGACAAGACAAGAAGAUUUAUUUCACUCAGCCCCGUUUACAUGUGAUAGAUAGAGAAAAAGAGACAAAUAAACACAAUUACAUAAGUGAAGAAUCAAAAUUGUAGUCAUUAUAGAUAAGGAGCGAGAGGUUCGACUGUCAAUAAAUAAAAGCGUGCAAUGCUUUUAUGUUCAAGUUUUAUGUGACUUGGACAAAAAAUGUUGAAGAACUGCCUUAAAAAAGGGAACAUUCACACACGUGCUGUAUCCAAUUAAACAGUGAUAUCAUAGUGACCAGUCCUAGGGGGUCUUCUGGUAAGAAGGUAAAGUGCCGAAUUGAGUGCCGUGCCAAAAAGAACACAACGCAUAAAUUAUGACAAAUUAUGAAAUCUUAACCGACCCUAGAUGGGGAAUCCUGAAACCUCGAGUUGGACAUCGAGUCCGAGUUCGAGUUAGACUUCGAGUUGCAAUUUUUUUUCCUUUUUUGUUUUUUGUUUGUUUUAUUAUGUUUUGGCUACCAGAAAAAAAACACUUCUGAGCACCGGGAAAAACGGUUAAAGAGUGGUUUAUUUCAGUCUGAGGUAUAUAUCGGAAUCUUAUCUUGACGCAUUGUGUCGCCAAGUAUCGUGGAAUGCUGAAGGCGGUUCUAAGUGCAAAAUCGGUCAUUUUCGUGGCUCGUGUUUCACUCCGAAAGUGACACAGUUUCGAAUAGACUUUGUGAUUGUUUUGUCGAAAACAAAGGUAUUUGAGAAUGGAUAAGGAGAGAAGUUAUGCUGAUGUCGUCUCUGGAAGUGGCAAGUUCAUCGUUUUAUCUUCCUUUUUUGGCGAUUUGGAAAUUUUCCACGACUACACUUGUGAUAUUUGACUAACCACGUGUGGUUAUACACCUCACCAGGGUCUUCCGACUCCGAUGAAGGAUUGAUGGUCAGGUGGGUGACUAUGUAACCUUCUCUACACUGGUUGUUCAUGCCCAGGGUGAAAAUAAUUUCCGUGAAGAUCCCUCUCAGAGGCGUUUACAGAACGAAGUAUAUACAUUUUCUGGGAGAUUUCCAAACAGAGUUUUGUGCUAUUGAAUUAUUUGUUGUCGUGAUGUGUUAAUUAGAUUCCUAGUUUGAUUAUCUGUUAAAUAGACUUUUAAGUAGACACACGGCAAUUUCUCACGCAUGUUAGCUUGAGUAGUAUGACUUAAGUUACAAUGCAAAAAAAAAAAAAACUAUAUUAAUUAAACCUCAAAAAAAUUUGAAUCGCCAGUCUUCUAUGACUCAGUAACUCUUUUCUUGAAACGACAGAUAGCUUUGCUAUUUCAUCAAUUUUAUCGAGUCAUUUUCUCGUCGUUAACCGUCUAAGCAAAGGAGACAAAGAACUAGUGUUUGGCCCUCCUUACGGAACCGGUAGUUUCGAGCAUUUUCGCGUUUGACAAGCGCGAAAUUCUCCGAUGGAAGAAAGUCAACCGAGAACAUAUUUUACAAAUAAGUUAGUAUUUAUAUCCGACCUUGUAAGAGUAGACACGCUCGCUGGUUAAUCAGGAAUGCCUGGAUUUGCCUGUCAGAACUAUAAAAAGCGAAAUUCGAUUUGAUUUUUUUUUUUCCAAAAAAAGAGGGAACACUUAUAGAAGACCUCGCUAUAAAAAGGUCGUCAUCCAUUACUCGGUGAGCAAAUCGAGACUGAUCUAAGUUUAGUCAGCGAAUAAUGUUUUGCGCGUUGGCUUCUCAGCAUGUUCUGUUCCUCCCUCCCCUCCCGUCCUCUCCCUCUCUUCCCGCUUUAUUAUCUCUUUAAAGGGAAACUGUGGAGCAAGCUGAGGGGAAAUCGGCGACAGGGUAAGCGCUGACUGCACAACGUUGUAUUUUAAAGGGUGUGUCCAUAGUAUUAAACACUACUAUAAAUAUGUUAAGUUUUGUUAAUUAAGAGCAUAUUCAGGGGCAUUAGGCUUAAAAGCCCCUUUGCAAACAAAUUACGAUCAAAACGCUUUAAACACAUUGGAUUGCGAGGUCAUGGCUUGGUCAUUAAGUUGUCAUCGCGUCGGUUCAGGAAUGUCAUAAUUUGUCAUAAUUUAUGCGUUGUGCUCUUUUUGGCACGGUACUCGAUUCGGCACUUUCCGCGUAGCUUGUUCAAGGCGUUCAGAUACUGGAGAAGGACGUGAAAUGGAGAGGAGGAAAAGAGCGGAGGAAAAGGAAGGGGGAGUGAGGAGCGAGGCAAUCGGUGAAAUCGCUCGAAGUUAUAUCGUCCGAAACCAGAGUCAUGUCACCCGAAAUUGUUAAUAAGAGUGUAUGUAGUACAAUUUUUAUCCCGUUCUUUAAGCGAUAUCGAGACAAAACAAGCGGGAUAAUUGUGUAAUUAAGUCUCGUUCUUUAAGCAAUGAUGCUAUGGUGAGAUGGAACAUUCGGGAUGAAUGUGUACCAUAUCCCAUUCUUUACCCGAUGAAGAGACAAAACAAGCGAGAUGAAUGUGUUACAUAUCUCGUUCUUUUAGCCUUGAGGAAACGAAACAAGCACGUCAAGUGAGUAGUAUAUCUUUUUCUUAAAGAUUUGAUGAAACGAAACAAGCGCGAUUAAGAUGUUUGGAUGUUGAUGAACAAAUAAAAGUUCGGGUGACUUGACUAAAAAUUUAGGGCGACAUAACUAUGGUUUCGGGCGACUUGACCUUAAAGCGAGCGAAGUUCAACAGGCGUUCCCUCACCCUCUCUCCCUACCCCAACCACUCGCUUUUUUUUUUUUUUUGCGCCGUUCCCACUAUCUGAAAGGCUAGAAUAAGCUUCAUGCCGCGUGGAAGUUAUGCGUUAAGGGCCUGUUUACUUGAAGGUGGGGGACCCCAAGUAGUUGAGGUAAUCCGCUUAGAUGGGGUAACCCACCUGUCCAUAUAAUCUCUCAUUUUAAUUUGAUCACGUUCACAUGAUAGAUGGGGUGGCCAUAUAAGAGAUUAUAUGGACAGGCGGGUUACUCCACCUAAGGCUGUUACCUCUCUUACCUGGGCCCCCCACCUCCAUGUAAACAGGUCCUAAAUCUCGUCUUCAGUUAACUGUUCCUUAUAAGAUAAUAACCUUAAGUUUUGAUUCGAAUUGUUCUUUGCAGUCAGUUUGCUUCAUCAGUAUUGUCUCCCACUGGAACUGAUAGCAACGGAUCGAAUCAGCAGCCUCUCUUUCGGUCCGAGAUGCUUUCGCGUGAUAGAGGCACUACAGCUCAAGGUAAAGUCAGUUCCCCGACAUCUCUCAGCGCCUUCUCGAGCCUAUCCUCUGAAGGACGCAGCUCAGCGCCCAAUGUGCCUCCUGCUAGAAGUACUGAUUCUUUCAUAUCGGCAAUGCCGAUAAAGCCCGGCCGCUCUCCGAAUUGGUCCGACGCUGAGACUCGGUUUCUUAUAGGGUUUUGGGCCGAGCAACAUCAAAAUAUUAGCCAACAAAGGAACGCCAAAGCUUGGGACAUAGUCGCUCGGUUGCUGAACCAGAAACUUGCGCAGUGUGGAUUUGAAACGUUUCGGACGGGUCAACAGUGCAAGGGACGCAUGAAGAGCAUAGUGUUUGACUACAGAACAACAAAGAAACGAAUGAUCGAGACCGGCGAGGAUGACAGAAAAUGCGACUACUUUGAAGAACUUGAUCAAGUGCUCGGGAGAGUGCAGGGAGGAGGGUCUGAGUUGAGCGACCCAAGUACGGUUACCCAGGAGGGCGAGAAGGCGUCAGCGGGUGGCGGGGACAACGAAGACAGCAGCACAAGCGAUGAUAUCGUCGUUGUGAAUAUUCCAACCAGCUCUGCGCUGAACGUUGAUACAACCACUGGUCUGCAAACUGGGAUUACAGGAGUGGAGGUUAAUCAGGCAGUAGCCGAGGAGAGGGAAUCGCCACAGAGAAAAGAACCCCCUAGGAAAAGAAAGAAAAAGACACCAACGGAUGACGAUGAUAACUCUACAAUUCAGUUUCUCAGGAGUUAUAUGGAGGAAAGCGAUCGUCGAGACAGGGAAUUCUUGCUGCAGAUGGCGCAGAUGGACCGCGAGAGAGAGGAAAGAAAUUACGAGCGAACAAUGAAAAUGAUGAUGGAGAUGGCAAAAGUGUUCAAAAGUAGUAUUGCAAGUAAUCAAGAAAGCCCCAGGGGGAGUGGUGUCGGUACUGUUCCUCCCACCCGCGGUGGGGAUAUGCGUUUAAGCAUGAGCGAUAACAAUGCGGCUUCUUCGCGCGUGGGAGAAAGCUUUGGAACACAUUUGAACAGAGAUUCUAGAAUGAAAGGCAACGAAGGAGGCUCUGCGCAAGACAAGAAAGAAAAGCCACUUCAGUUUCUUAAAGAGUACAUGGAGGAAAGCGAUCGGAGAGACAGGGAAUUUUUACUGCAGAUGACACGAAUGGACCGGGAGCGAGAGGAAAGAAGCUCGGAGCAAACCAUGAGACUUAUGAUGGAGGUGGCAAAGGUAUUCAGAGGGGGCAGCUAG